AGAAGGCCUGGCGGAAGGACAUAAAAUUGAAGCGUAGGGAUUGUACUAAAGGAAGUUUAAAUAGGUACCGACACCAAGAAAAGGUGUUUAAGCCUCUCUUAGUACCUUGGAUAAGCGAGCUCAAGAAGCAAGGCAAGGAUCCUAUCCUCCUUAAGGAUAGAGUACCUGCUGAUGCGUCCAAAAUCGCUACGCAGUUCCCUGAAGCCUCACACAUCAACAUGCUCUCCUAGCCAGGGCACUCACCAGAUAUCAACACUGAGGAGCAUGCCUGGCCUUGGAUUCGACGGCACAUUACAAAGGACUUCGCGCCG